AUGCCGUCUACUACAUCCCAAACUGUCAUCGUCACAGGAGCCAACGGCUACCUUGCCCUCCAUGUCAUCAAUCAACUCCUGAAGACGGGCUACGACGUGCGCGGCACAAUCAGAUCUCGGAAGGCAGACGACAAGCUUCGUGCCACGUUUCCCGAAUAUUACGGGGGGCGCUUGACCACAACCUUUGUCGAGGACCUGGCGAAUCCUGAGCUCUUUCGUGAGGCUUUCGACGAGAACACUGUGGGCGCUAUCCAUGUCGCCAGCCCGACCCAUGCCCGAACCGAGGACGCUGUCCGCGACAUGCUGAACCCCGCCGUCAAGGGCGCCAUCGGCAUUCUCGAGGCUGCCAAGAUCUACGCGGAUCCUUCGUUCCAUCGGGUUGUUCACCUGUCUUCCACCGCGGCUAUUAUGGAUAGCAAGAAGGGCCCCAGGCCUGGCUACACAUACACCAAUUCGGACUGGAACCCGGUGACGUUCGAAGAGGCGGCAGCCAUUGAGGAUCACCUGUCUCUAUACGUUGCGUCCAAGGCCCUCUCAGAGAAGGCCGUGUGGGCCUGGAUGACGGAGCAUAAGCCAAAAUUUGACCUCGCCUGCGUAAACCCAACCAUGGUCUUUGGUCCCCAUCUCGAGACCAUCAGCAACAUGGACGAGUUCACGUCGACGGCGAAGUUCCUGUGGCGGCUCGUAGACGCAGCCGAGAUUCCACAGCUCAUGUGGGCCGGGUGCGUUGAUGUCCGCGACACCGCCGCGAUGACUGUCGCGGCCUUCGAGAAGCAUGAGGCGGGAGGCCAAAGGCUUUUGUUAGCACGUCACUUUGAUUGGCAAACUGCGGCUGACAUAGCGAGAGACGAACUUCCGAAUUUCCGAGAGAGGUUUCCGGUGGGAAGACCCGGAACUGGCAGAAGCGAGGCUUUGAAACAUAUUCAUCAAUAUGACGGAAGCAAGGCUGUAAAUGUUCUCGGCGUGGAGUAUCGUCCACUGUCGCAGACUGUCAGAGACACGUUGGGGCAGUUCCUGGCAGUCGAAGGAGGUAAAGACCACUAG